CCAUCGCGAGGCCCCGGAGCGGUGGCGGCGGCGGGGCCGGGCCGGGCCGGGCCGGGCCGGCGUGCCAAGACAAGCUGUGCCCUGCUCUGAUUCCCAAACCUGUGAGCAAAUGGAUUGCUUUGAGAAUGGAAAGAUUUGUACUCAAACAGGCUCCCAGCAGCACAGGGAGAGCAGUGGCUGUCAGGUGGCUGAGGCUGGCAGACCUGUCAGACGUCUCCGGAGGAAGAGAAGAUUGCCUUUGGAUUCGGAGGAUGAGGAGGAAAAUGCAUAUGAGGAUGAGGAGAAGAAUAAAUCAAAUAAUAUGAAAAGCCGCAGAAACACUAAACCAAUAAAACAAGUGCUUCCUGGAAAGAAGAAGGUAUGGAACUGGUCUUCCUACUUGGAAGAGGAACAGAUGCCAGCUGCUUCCCUAAAGCUGUUCAGAGAGUAUCAGUCAUUCCCACAAGGCCGAAAUGGAUUUAAAGUCGGAAUGAAAUUGGAAGGGGUGGAUCCUGAACACCCCUCUCGAUUCUGUGUUCUCACAGUUGCUGAGGUCCAGGGGUACAGGAUGCGACUGCACUUCGAUGGUUACCCAGAGUGCUACGACUUCUGGGCUAAUGCUGACUCCUCAGACAUCCACCCUGUGGGCUGGUGUGAAAAAACAAGCCAUAAACUGCUCCCUCCUAAAGGUUUCAAGGAGGGAGAAUUUAAUUGGACUUCCUAUCUGAAGAACUGCAAAGCUCAAGCAGCUCCAAAAAGCCUUUUUAAGACCCUCAGCAGUCCUGUCACACCUUCUGGGUUUCGUCUGGGAAUGAAACUGGAGGCAGUGGACAAGAAGAACCCAUCCAUGGUUUGUGUUGCCACCAUCACAGACAUGGUGGAAAACCGGCUGCUGAUACAUUUCGAUAACUGGGAUGAGAGCUAUGACUACUGGUGUGAAACGAGCAGCCCAUAUAUCCGUCCUGUUGGCUACUGCCAAGAAACUGGAACCCCACUGACAACACCACCUGGACACAGGGAUUCCAAAGCCUUCUCAUGGGAGAAGUACUUGGAAGAAACUAAUUCCCAAGCAGCUCCUGCAAGAGCCUUUAAACUGCGUCCUCCUCACGGAUUCCAGGUUAAUACCAAGUUAGAGGCUGUGGACAGACGAAAUCCCAUCUUGAUAAGAGUGGCAACAAUCACUGACAGAGACAACCAUCGUGUUAAGAUACAUUUUGAUGGCUGGGACCAUCACUACGAUUUCUGGGUGGAUGCAGACAGCCCUGACAUCCAUCCUGUGGGCUGGUGUGACAAAACUGGACACGCUCUGCAAGUUCCUCUAGGUGCUGAAGAUGCAGAGGGAGCAGUGGGACAGGCGUGUCCCACUCCAGGCUGCCAGGGCAUCGGGCACGUGCGGGGCCCCCGCUACGGGACACAUUACACCUUAGUUGGCUGCCCAUACUCUGAUGUGAACCUGAGCAGAGAAAACCUCUUACAGGACCGGCUGAGUGGGGAGAGACCUUCCCCUGGGAGCAUCCUGCAGAAAGCCAGGAGGCUGGAGACCCCUGGCCCACUGCAGGCAGCAAGGGAGGCUUCUCAGGGCGACUCUUCACAAUCCAGAAAACCUGCACCAGACAGUGAGAAGUGGUGUCAGAGCAGCAUCCACACUCCAUCAGAGCAAUCAGAAGACAGUCGGGAGCGAGGCUGGGGAGAGGAGGAUUCCUCUGCAGCCAUCAAAGCCACACCAAAAACGCUUGGGUGCUCACAUGCCUAUAUCAAGUUUCAGCUGGUGAAACAGGAAAGCAAUGGGAAAGGCCCUGACAAGGAUCUCCAGCAGGCCCUCCACCAGUCUAUCUUCAUGCCUUCCCUGGCCUCUAACCCGAGCCAUCGCCUCCACCUCUUCUGGGAGCAGCACUGCAGGCUCUUGCCGGAGGUCUCGGGCCUGACAGCCAAACAAGUUGCCAAAUGGACUGUGGAGGAGGUGGUGGGUUUUAUCCAGCGUUUACCUGGCUGCAAAGAGCAAGCAUCUGUGUUCAGGGAAGAGCAGAUUGAUGGUGAGGCCUUCCUGCUCCUCAAGCAGAAUGACAUCGUUAAAAUACUCAGCAUCAAACUGGGCCCUGCCCUGAAGAUCUACAAUGCCAUCCUCAUGUUCAAGUCUGCAGAAGACAACUGAGAAAAGGCCUUUGGCAGAUCCAGGAGGAAUUGACAGGGAAUGGAUCUUCAGCUGUGAGCAUUACAACACACCAGACAGGUGGAUUGGGACUCUGAUGCAUUUUAAGUAGAAUUUAGGAAAAAUAGUUUGAGGUUAUAAAAAUCCUGCCACAGUCUGGAAUAUGGGGCAGCUUCACUUCCAAGAAGAGGAUAUUAUUAUAUUUUGUAAUUGAAUUGGUUUUGAUAUAUCAAUCUCUUUUUGAGAUCAAGAAGAAACCUCCAGUUCUAAGGGGAAUCCAGGGUAGCACUGGUGGAGCUGCAGGAGCAAGAAGAAAGUUUUGAGUAAAACUGGCUUUGUGUCCAGUGAUAGUGCCUGAAAAACUGAGUGAUCACCAGCGAGAUUAAUGUGUUUUGUGUAAUAAAAGAGAGAGGAAAAAGAUGCACUUCAAAGCAAUUCCCCCGUAUCCUUCACUGCUGUGACUCAGGAGCUGACCUUUUCAGGACUGAUUGUUAAAUUCCAGUUUUUCCUACUGCUCCUGGUUGUUGUGAUGCCCUUGGCUGCUGGGCAGCUUACACCCCAGCAGGAAGGGAGCAUGGGCAGCAGUUUUCCAUCAGGGAUGGCUUGCUCUGGUUCUGCCAGCAAGCAAAAUGUCCUCAUUCCUGUCAUUCCCUGUCAGGAGGCAAGGGCAGUGCAGGUGGCCUUUGGGUAGGCAAAGAUCCCAUAAGGGCAUCUGCUGCUGGAGACAGAGGGAUUUGUUUUAGCUGUAAUUCUCCCAUCAGUGCUUUUGUGCAGCUCCUUCUGCACCAGGAGCAUCUGGCAAAAUGGCACCAUCAAGAGCACUUGGGGAUUGGUGUGUGUUUGUUCUUGCCCUCUCCACUGUCAGCCAAAUGCCAAGAAUGGGAGUUGGAAAGCCAGCAGUGGCCAGAGUGUGUGUGCAAACAGAUUCCCUAGAAACAAAUGGCUUUUCUUUUGAACCAUCCCAACUGAUGAAUGUGAAGUGCUUUGGCCUUUGCCCCUUGAGGUGGACUUGGAUGUGUUGUGCCAGAGAGCUGGAGGGCAGGGGAGCAGCUCCUCUGCCUCUGGGAGCAGGCAGAGCACACAGGGAUGUGAGACUGGAAAGGAGUCAGGACUUAAACAGCAAAAUGAGGGAACUUCCCAAAGGAAAGAGAGCUGCUGUGUGGGGGAAAAAGGAGCAGAGUCUGGGGCUGUGUUCCUGCACGUGCAGCCUGUGCUCUCCUGGCUGGGAGCACGGGGGGUUCCUGCUGCAGCAGAGGCAGGUUCAGGAGCAUCCCAUAUGGACAUUGGGCUGGAGGGUUCCCCACGGGCACUUCCCGAGUUCUCCUCUCCCCGUGGCAGGGUGUGAGUCCUGCUGGGCUCUGAGCCCUGUUCAGGGUGUGAGUCCUGCUGGGCUCUGAGCAGUGUUCAGGGUGUGGGUCCUGCUGUGCUCUGAGCCCUGUUCAGGGUGUGAGUCCUGCUGGGCUCUGAGCCCUGUUCACAGUGUGAGUCCUGCUGGGCUCUGAGCCCUGUUCAGAGUGUGGGUCCUGCUGUGCUCUGAGGCCUGUUCAGGGUGUGAGUCCUGCUGGGCUCUGAGCCCUGUUCAGAGUGUGGGUCCUGCUGGGCUCUGUGCACUGUCAGAGUGUGGGUCCUGCUGGGCUCUGUGCACUGUUCAGUGUGUGAGUCCUGCUGGGCUCUGAGCCCUGUUCACAGUGUGGGUCCUGCUGGGCUCUGUGCACUGUUCACAGUGUGGGUCCUGCUGGGCUCUGUGCACUGUCAGAGUGUGGGUCCUGCUGGGCUCUGAGCCCUGUUCAGGGUGUGGGUCCUGCUGUGCUCUGAGGCCUGUUCAGGGUGUGGGUCCUGCUGGGCUCUGAGCCCUGUUCACAGUGUGGGUCCUGCUGGGCUCUGAGCCCUGUUCACAGUGUGGGUCCUGCUGGGCUCUGUGCACUGUUCCAUUGCUGCUGGCAGCACCACUCGUGGCUCUCCCUCUGGCCACUCUCCCUGAUGGCUGUUUGGCUGUUCUGGAACCAGCCCAGCUCAGGCAGCCCUUGCAGCCCUUUGUCCAUAGCUGGAUGCUGAAUGCUGUGUGUGGGUUUGUCUGUUUUUGUGUGACCAGGUUCUGCCCUCAGCCUCUGCCAGUGUCUCAGGGCACUGCCUGGUGAUGUAACCCAUCCACAGGCACCCCAAACUCCCUUGGCAUCUCUGCCACCAGCGUGGCUCCCAGGAGCUGUCGGGAACAGAGCGAACACGCUGUCCAUGACUGUGUGGUGACACAAGGAACACACUUGUUCCCCCUUCCUGUGUCACCCACAUGCUUUGUCCAACCCUCCUGCUGCUGAGACGGUUCUUGUGACUUGUCUGAAGCAGAAGGUUCCUUAAAAUUGUAAAUAGAAUCCGCACCACUGAAGCAAUUCAGUCCUGGAAUAAUAUUUAGAACAAUUUGUUUCCAUAUUUUUUUUAAUAAGAAUUUUAGGAGUUUAAGCCUUCACAGAGAAGACACAGGUUUGGUGGGAUAUUUAAUAGCUGAACCAUUAAAUAUCAGCCAGGCAGCUGCAGGGGAGAAAUUUAUUGCAGUGUUAAGGACUAGGCAAGGGGUGAAUUUAGUUUAUUAAAAUACAUUUUUAGUAUGAUAACCAGGAUGUUCACCAAAGAGUCACAUUUCUUUAUCCUGCUCUGCACAUCCAGUGUCAGCAUUAAGACUUGAAUUGUAAGUGGCAUGUCCUGUCCUUUGACAGAACACACCUUCUGGGCAAAGCAAAAUUGUCUCUUGACAACUGGAACAGAAGAUCCAGAGCUGGGCUGUUUUAUUCCUGGCUCUCCACUGACUUGCUAAAUAACCCUGAGCCCUUCCUUGCCCCAGUUUCCCCCUCUGUGACACCCAGCCAGGUGGGGCAAGUGCAAUUUUGCCUUUUUCUUGUUUCAAGCAAGCAGGUCCUUCCAGAUUUUCUGUUUCACCUCCUUCCUUUGGGAGCCUGAUUUGGGGGAUAGCAGAUUGCCUCUAGCAUUAAACCAAAAUAUAAUGCUAAUUCCAUUUUUUUUUUUACUAUAUAUAGAUGGAGGAUGAAGAGAAUCAGUUAAACAAGCCAUGAGAUUCUAGUCAGUGACAUUAUUCAAACAGAAGAGAAAUCUUUAAUCCUUGGGGCUUCUGAGCCAGCUGGAUCAAAGAGGAAAAUGUGUACUUGGAGGUUGUUCAGUGACAGCCAGCACAGUGCUUUCAGCAGGGGAGAAGGAGGAACCUUUUAGGGAUGAAAGAAGGGAGGAAUGUGCUUCUUGUGCCUUUUUUUGUAAUCUGAUAAUUGUCUUUGCAGAGCAAGCAAGAAUGUGCACACAUCUAUUACCCAAUCCUUCCCCAAAUAUAAGCUGUAUUCCAAUUAAAUCCAGCAACUUCACAGGACAAAAAGACUUCCAGUGUCUUCACUGGACACAUUUAAAACUCCCUGAUAUUUACAAUAUAGAACAAAACGAAACCACCUCAUCUUUUAGCCCCAUAACUCAGGAAUCCAUUGGCUGCUGGUGCCAUUCCACUUGUGUCAGGGAGUGCUGCUUUCCCGUGUGUCUCGGUGAGUUGUUCCUGCUGCCUGUCCAAACUCUGCUCUGCCUGUUCCCAGUCCUGCUCCAGGCCUGUGCCAUAACCAGGGCUCUGCAGAGGCCUUUGGUUAUCUGACGCCUUGUGUAAUUUGAAAUGCACACUUUGAAGCAAAAAUCCAAAAGUUGCUGCUCUGUGGGGAGCAAAUGUGAAGCUGGUUAAUGCCACCUGGGGUUGGGCAGAUUUUGAGUUUGCUGGAUGUCAGCAAGAACCACUUGUUGGCCCAGCUGAACCCAGGAGUCUCUUAGCAAUACAGAUACAUUCCUUAGAAGCAACUCGGAGCUGUGUCAAGCUCCCAUGGGCCAGCCGUGCAAUUAGGAAUUUCCAGUUCUCAAAAUCUUAUUCCUGGCUGUGUUUUUGUUCCCUUUUGGUUGUUUUUGAAAUUCAAAGCAAUCAAAUUUUUUCUCUUUUUCUCUUCUUCUCCUCGGCUGGGAGUCCUGUUAAAUUUUUUCUGUGCCAUCACCAACAAUCAUCCCCAUAAUCCAGUAGCAGCAAAUUUCAGCUCUGGGUAAUGAAUCACAUUAAAGUUGGACAGGAGCAUUUGGCAUCGCUGACAGCAAAACUCUGCUGCUGAAGGAAAAGCCCAACACUUGGCCCAGGGGUAAGCCAGUUCAGCUGUACAAGAUUGCCUGCCUGCUACUUUUAUGCCCUACUUAGGGAUUUAUACCACAGAGAGCUUUAAAGUUUUUGACAUCCCCCCCAUGAUGUGAUGAGCCAGCUUAUUUUGGAGAUUCCUGUUACUUGAACUGGAAGCACAUGUAGGGAAGAGAGCAGGGGCUCGGCUCAGCCUCAGAAAUAUCUGCCUGUUUUAAACCAAAUACUUGAGCUUUUCUACACUAGCCAUGACCUUGCACUCCACCGAUGCUUUCCUCUGGAAAUGUGAAUAAAAU